AUGGCUGCAGAAAUCAGCACUACGAUCAAAUUUUCGACAACCCAGGCCCAAGAAACCUACGACCGGCUAAAACGAUGCUUGGACCUCAGCGAGCAGCUUUUACAAAAGCUUGGUGGAGAGGAAACGUCUUUAAAUCAAGCCGCUAAAGUCGUCGACUCUGGAAUCAUUAUCGAUUCAACGUCACCAGAACCGGUUGUUGAAGCCGCUCAGGAGAUCGUUAAAGGCAAUGAAUCAUCAAAAAAGCAAGUAUCUGACAACAACAAUGACGACAAUGAUGACAUCGACGACGAUGAUGAUGAUGUUCAGCUUAACUUCGUUUCGAGCCAAAAAGUUCAGUCAUGCGCUCCAGUCGAAUCCUUUUCGUCAGAUGAGGGUUCAGAAAAUGAAGAACUCACUUUUGGAACUUCAUCAAAAGUCGAAUCUGGCAUUUCUGAAACCCAAGAAAUCGAAGAAAAAUCAGAAGACAUCGUCGAAAAAGCGAUUCAACAAGCACUCGGCGAAACUAACAAUGAAGAACCUCCAACUAAAGCGGAUCUAAGAAAGUACGAGAAUGCUGAAACCGAAACCGGGUUCACGGUUCAAAAAGAAAUGACCAAGGAAGAACUAGAAAAACUCGAAAAAGACGAAAAAUCCACAGAAAAUUUGAGCAAGACUGAAGACAACGAGGAGUCGAAAUCAAGCGAGAACGAAUGCGCUGAAGUCGAAUUCGACAAAGAUCGUCGCGAAACCCUCGCUGAUGUUUCUGAAAUAUCAGAUUUCAGCGCCAACCCGACCAUCCAGGAAAACGGCAAAAUCUCGGAAGAAUCGGAGGGCGAAUUCCCGGUGAUUAUUGACGAAACACUUUCGGAGCAGGAAUCAUCAGAUAAAGCCGACGAGCCCGAGCAAGCGAAGAACGCAUCUGCUCCGGCAACUGACGCCGCGUCUGAAGUUUCCGCCGAAAAAGCAACGGCUGAACAGAAAUCGCUCAACUCGUCGUUUGAAAUCAUUGAAACAAAUGACCCAGCGCUGGCUCAAUGUGAGCCAGAUUCGGAGAACAAACAAGAAGAAUCCAAGGAGGAUGAAAAAGUUCUAGAAACAAAAGAAAUUCCAGCUGAAUCCCAGCCAGAAGAAUCCUCCCCAACAGAAAAUCCCGCAGCUCAAAAGGAAGAAGAAAAAGAAUCACAAACAGUUGACGAAGAAAAGGAACUUCGUCGAAAACAGAGCGAGGCGGAAAUUCAAGCAUUCGAGCAAGAGCUCGCCGAAGAAGCAAAAACUCUCAAGAAUCUAAGUGAUGCAGAAGAAAAGGUCUCUGUAGCUAACGAAUCAAAACCUGAGCAAAAGCCUGUUGAACAAGAAGAACCAGAGCCAGCUAAGAGCCAAAACGAAGCGCCAAUUUCUGAACCAGAAAAUGAACCAGAACCAGCUCAAGAAUCGGAGCCAAUUGUCGAAGAAGCAGAAAAAACGGAGCAGCCAAAGCUCGACGAUUUGGAAAACGAGGACGAAAAAGACUCCGGAAAUGUUUCGGAAGAAAAAUCAACCGAAGAAUCGAUCGAAAAAGUCAAGGCGAUUUCCGAUGACUGCGAAAAAGCUGUGAAACGAACUGCUUCAGAAAUCGAGGAACUUGUUGAAAUGGCCCUUCGCGCUGAAAUUCUCCGAAAUAUCCUGAUCGCCAAAGAGCUUGAAAGCGAAAAACAAAACUCCGCUGAAAACAAAGACGAUUCCAAGGAAAUACUCCAAGCGGGAAGAAGAACAAAAAGAGAAAGCACAAGCUUCAGAAGCCAAAGCACCAGAAAUGGUGAUUUUUUUAAGACAAAAUUUCGACGCAAGAUGGAGCCUGACCAAGAAAAUAAGGUGCUCAAUUCCGUCCAUCAGCUGCUUUGA